AUGAGUACGAAUACAGGAAGCGAUACUCGUCAUCGAGAUCUUCCCAUUGGUUCUGUUCGGUCCAUUCAUUCGACAUCUGGUGUGAAGACAGCCACACUUCACUUGGACAGAAACACCCCGAUUCCCGCAUCCGAUACCACUUGCCAUACUUCCGUUGAAGCUACUCCCGAAACCAUUCUUUGCACAUUCGAUGUUCCCGCCUACAUGUCAAUACCCGACUUUCUCAGCUAUGUGGCGCCUAUUAGCGAUUCAGUUGCCCAUUAUCGUAUCGUUCGCGACGCAUCGCCUGACAAAUAUAUGGUGCUCAUGAAGUUCCGAGACUCAAAACCAGCUCAUGAUUACUACCAGCAGUUCAAUGGAAGAUCUUACAGCUCCAUGGAGCCAGAAAAAUGCCAAAUCGUUUACAUCGAAUCAUUCAGUAUCAAUUCCGUUUAUAUACCACCUUAUACGUUCCCAUUUCUCGAUGACCCCGCCAAACAUCCAAUCUCUCUAUCCUCUGCGACCCAAAACGACUCCCACGCAUGGAGCACCUGUCCUGUAUGUUUGGAGAAAAUGGAUGAAAAGGUCACCUCUCUCCUCACCAUUUUAUGUCAACAUACAUUUCAUUGUCAUUGUCUCAGCAAAUGGGGCGACGGAAGCUGUCCUGUUUGCCGAUAUUCUCGAAACCCCAAUACUGAUAAAAACGACCCUUCUGCGAUCAAUGGACCGUCAUUGCCAUGUCACGAUAGUCCUUCCUGCAAUGAUGAUCCGUAUCACAGCCAAGACGGAAAUCAAUGUUUGGAGUGUAAUGCAACAGAAAGCUUAUGGUUCUGUCUAAUAUGUGGCCAUAUUGGAUGUGGACGGCAACAACAUGGCCAUGCCUAUGAUCAUUAUCGAGAGACGAGUCAUUUAUAUUCUCUGGAAAUCGAAACACAACGGGUCUGGGAUUAUGCUGGCGAUGGUUAUGUUCAUCGGUUGAUCCAAAAUAUGGUGGACGGUAAAUUGGUGGAAUUACCUGCUGCAGGCGAUCAAAGCAAUGAAGAAACAGGUUACUCCGGCGCUUCCGAGGAUAAACUCAACGCCAUCUCCGAUGAAUACAACUAUUUGUUAUCAUCGCAACUGGAUUCACAGCGGCUCUUUUACGAGGAUCAGCUUGAAGAAAUCACAGCUCAACUAUCAUCGCUUACUUGCGAAAAGAAUUCACUUACAACUUUAAUGCACACAUUGGGGCGCAAGAACGAUAAGCUUCGCCAAGAAAGCGAGACAUUCGAGAACGAACUACAAGUCAAACAAAAGUUUAAAAAAGAAGCCGAGCAAAAACUGGAGAACUGGAGAACCAAGUUGGAGAAGAUCAAUGGCGAUUUUCUGGAAGAAAAAAAGUUGACGGCUUCUUUACUGUCCACCAAUGAUGGUUUGAAAACCAAGAUCGACGAGCAAAAAAAUAUGAUUAAAGAAUUAGGCGAUCAAGUACGGGAUCUCAUGUUCUUUCUCGAAGCACGGGACACAGUGCAAGGAAACCCGGAAAUGGAAGGCGGCAGUGUACAGAUGCAGCAAAGCAAAUCAUCACGACGACGAGGCGGGCGCGAAAGGCGAUAA